AUGUCGACCGCCGAAGUCCGCUCCCUCUACCGCAAAUUCUGGCGCCAAGCCCACCGCUCAGUAAUGUGGGUCUCCCCCCAACGCUUCGUAAUCGCCUCCAAACUCUCUUCUGCAUUCCGCUCCCCAACCCCACAAGACCUCGAUCCAGUCCGUCAGGCAAACACACUCGCGUUCUUGAAGAGUGCGGCGGAAACGCUGGGGGUCGAACAUCGCGUCGUCAAGACUUUGUGUUUUGUGCAUUGGAGUCGCUAUUAUGAUCUGAAGACCGCGAUGAAGCCGUAUCCGAAGCAGGCGAAGAACUUCAAAGAGUGGUUGUUUGAGUAUGAGGCGUACGACAACUACGAAAAGUGUUUACAGAUGAUGAACGACAGUUUGAAGUUAUGUUUGCGGUGA